GUACGCAUGCGCCUUCUUCGAACCUGAUCGGAAGGUUUCAUGGAGAGCGGUCGCCGGAGUCAGCUCGAACGGGAACUCAGCGCAUGCGCUCUCGCGUGCUUUGCGGCCACAGGCGGCAGAAGGGAAGAUGGCGGCGGUGGUACAGAAUGUGGUGAAGCUGUGAGUGGAACUGUCCCUCUUCCUCCCCCAUUUCCUCCCUUUUGCUUGCAGUGGUACAACCCGAACCUUAGACGAAGUGCGCGCAGGACGGUUGGUUGGGGGAAGAGUCCAUUCCGCCCGCGGGGGUGUUCCUGACGGGAUAAUGGAAGGAGAGGGGUUAGCUAUUGAAUCUCUUUUUUUCUCCUCUGCUCAUUGCUUAGGACUGAAGUGAUAUCUUUAAAAACCUUGGUGAACAAUAUUACAAGGAUGCCAUGGAGCAGUGCCACAAUUACAACGCCCGGCUGUGUGCCGAAAGGAGUGUCCGAUUACCAUUCCUGGAUUCGCAGACUGGGGUGGCGCAGAGUAACUGCUAUAUUUGGAUGGAGAAGCGGCACAGGGGACCAGGUUUGGCGUCUGGCCAGCUCUAUUCUUACCCGGCUCGACGCUGGCGGAAAAAACGCCGUUCCCAUCCUCCAGAGGAUCCAAGUCUUUCUUUCCCUACCAUUAAACCAGACACUGAGCAGGCCCUAAAGAAAGAAGGCUUAAUCUCUCAAGAUGGCAGCAGUUUGGAGGCCCUCUUAAGGACAGACCCCCUUGAGAAACGCAGCUUGCCUGACCCUCGUACCGACGAAGACAGCCUCAGCGAGUUCCCCGUUGCCAAUAGCCGCACCCGGAAGCGAAUCCUGGAACCCGAUGACUUCUUGGAUGACCUGGAUGAUGAAGACUACGAGGAAGACACCCCAAAACGACGAGGCAAAGGAAAGGCCAAGGGUAAAGGAGUUGGGAGCGCUCGGAAAAAGCUGGAUGCUGCCAUUUUGGAAGACAGGGACAAACCUUAUGCAUGUGACAUCUGCGGGAAGCGCUACAAGAACCGUCCCGGCCUGAGCUACCACUACGCUCACUGUCACCUGGCGGAAGAAGAAGGGGAGGACAAGGAGGACUCUCAGCCCCCCACGCCCGUCUCACAGAGAUCCGAGGAGCAGAAAACCAAGAAGGGUCCCGAUGGUUUGGCCCUGCCCAACAAUUACUGCGACUUUUGUCUGGGAGACUCGAAGAUCAACAAGAAGACAGGGCAACCUGAAGAGCUGGUUUCGUGCUCGGACUGUGGGCGAUCAGGGCACCCAUCUUGCUUGCAGUUCACCCCAGUCAUGAUGGCUGCCGUGAAGACCUACCGCUGGCAGUGUAUUGAAUGCAAGUGCUGUAACAUCUGCGGCACCUCGGAGAACGACGACCAGCUGCUGUUCUGUGACGAUUGUGACCGUGGUUAUCACAUGUACUGCCUCACCCCACCUAUGUCAGAACCCCCAGAAGGGAGCUGGAGCUGCCACCUCUGCCUGGAUUUGCUGAAGGAGAAAGCCUCGAUCUUCCAGAACCAGAACGCCUCCUGAUUGCUUUUUCAGUCGUGGAAGAGAACCUUCCCUUGUCCAGUCUUUCUCUGGGGGUUUUAAUCUUCCUCCUGCUGCCGCCUCCCACUUUGGGUCAGUGUCUCCCGUAUUGGUUGGAUCACACAUCCCGCACGCACACCACGCAGACACACACACACACACACACCCCGCUGCCUCACUGUCUCUCCUUCUGUCAUUCCUCCUGCCUCCUCCCUGGCAAGUUGGGGCUUAAAAUCCCUUGCCCUUAACUUUCACCUAAGUAUUUUGGGACCCUUUUCUCAAUAAUAAUAAUAAUCCAGCAUCUACGAUGGGCUGAGGAGCUCCCUGAAUGCUCCUCUUUUCCUCACUAACAAGGUUUUGGACUGACACCCCAGCUUAAGGGCUCUGUGUGAGCGAGACGGGAAGCAAGCAAGCAAGAAAGACAACCUAUUGAAUGGUUUUUACUAAUUUUUUCCAUCCGCUUCCCUCUCUUCAGCCCCACUGCAGUGGUCUGGGCAUACCAUGACUUCAAAUCUUCUAAACUCCACUUGUUUUCCUUCGUCCCUGUUAGGCACCUUUAUCUCAGUCCCUAAGAUGGUUCAAAAGUGGCACCACAGUAGCCUUUGAGAGGAUCGUGGGUGGCACGGAAACCCAAAUCAGAGGUAUCCUCCAGGCUUGGCACAAGCAAGCACGACGGCAAAGUAACUCCCUUUGCCCCAUUCAAAACGAUCAUCUCAGACUUUGCCAAAUCGAGGCCGUGUCUUGGAUGACUUAGGAAAAUGUUGCUCGGUUUAGAUCCGGGGAAGAGAGUGUAUCCAUCACUUUCUCCUCUUCAGUUACCGAAUUCCUAAAGUGUGGGGCUUGGGUACCAAUCCCACAUGCAUCGGUCCAUGGGACGGUGGACUUCAAGAUGCUUUCUUCCUCGAGAGGCCCAUAUGUGUGUGUCAGUGUGCGUGUGAGCAUUUAAAGCUCCAUCAGGCUUUUUAACACACUGGUAUUUAUCUCUCCCUUCAUUCGGGGAGUCUGCCGGGAUGUAUAAGUUGUAUGGAAGACUUCGGGGGGGUGGUUGUUUUCGGGAAAGAAACUCAGGGUUGUCUAGUGUUAGGCAACUUUUGAGUGGAUGCUGACCCUAAAGCAAGGGUGCCCAAUCUUGGCAAUUUUAAGACCUGUGGACUUCAACUCCCAGAAUUCUCAGCCAGAAGUCCACGAGUUUUAGCUAGCUGGGGAAUUCUGGGAAUUGGAAGUCCUCAAGUCUUGGUUGGCUGGGGAACUGUGGGAAUUGAAGUCCACAAGUCUUAAACGUUGUCGAAGUUGGACACCCCUGCCCUAAGGCUUUGUACUUAUUCAAAUAAGCUGCUUUAAAAUCUACUUUGAGUCUCCAUCACACCAGAGGCAGGGCCUAGAGUGAGCCAUGCCCCUUCCACAUGCUAUUUCUUCCAACUCUACUGCUUCCUAGUCCGAUGGGAUUCGGGUAUUGAACUUCUCUUACAGGAACAAACCCACUUUUUCUUUCCAUUUUUCCCCCUCCCUCCCUCCCUCCUUGGCCUCAAUUUGUGGAUUUGGUCUUGCUAACACCUGAUGCUUUUUUAAAAACAAACAAACAAAAAACCUUGAAUCCUUUUCCUCCCUCCCCUCCAGUGGCAAGGUUUUCUGCAAGAUCCCGCUUGCAGAAGGAGAGGCCUUUUUCUGGAAUAGGGUUUUUGUGUAAUAUUCUACUUGUAAUGUGCCUGAUUUUUCUAAGAUUGUCUUUAAAACCUACCUCCGACAUUCCCUUUCACACGCAUACUUCCGCGUCUUCUCCAAAGGCUUCUCUUAAUCCAUCUUUGCCGAAAGCGAGGGGAGACUCGGGACUGCCAAAGCAAAUGGGAUCCUCUCUCUCUCUCUCCCUCCCUCCCUCUCCCUCUCUCUCUCCCUUCUCUCUCUCUCUCUCUCUCCCUCUCUCUCUCUGGGGUCUACUCCACACACAAGUGCUGGAAUUUGUUGGUGCAAGGCCUUCGCAAAGGCCUCUGGCGUCUUUCUCCUUGACUCUCCCUUCCCUGCUUGGCAGGAGGGGUCCGCUUUCUUGACUCGGUGCCUCGCUUUCUGCUGUGCUUCCAAGAUGAUGGGCUGUGGGGCCCGGCGUGCUGGAGGACACCCGAUAGUGGAAACACUGGGAAAUGUCCUAGUGGGAUAUUUGGGGCCCGUGGAGAGCCAGUGACUGCUGGAAGCUUUGUUCCAGUCAUCUUCACUGCCCACUCAGUCCUUCAAGAGGGCUUGAAACUUGAAGACUAAAAGAUAUUCCCUUAUGGUCUUGGGAACUCAGUAAGUCUCCAAGUUAUGUGUAGAGAAGAGAGAACUAUUUGUGCACUUACUUGGCUCUGGAUUCCCUUUUAGCUGUAGUUUUUUUCUUUCUUUUUUUUUUUAAUCAUUCUUUUCUCUCUCCAUUACCCCAGGGAGAUGUGGGGGCUGGCUGUCAGGCCCUUGUGCACCAAACAAACCAAGAAAGUUGUAGAAAUGUUCCCUUGGGGUGGGAUGUGGGGAUUUACAUGUCUUCAUCCCACAGGCCAGGUUGUUAGGUCCUCAUUCGAAACAUCACACCUGUGUCUUAAAAAAAAAAAAAGCUACCCAAAUAAAAAAACCAAAAUGGCUUCUUGGAACCAGUUUUAUGGUAGCCUGGCUCUUUGGGCUAGGGGGAUAAUGUGUGAAUCUGUUCAGUGCUGCAACAUUGUAGGGUUUUCAUGCUCAGGUUAGUUUUGUCGGUUUGCAGGGGGUGGGAGGUAGGACGGGCUGUAAUACCUCAUUUUUUCUUCUCUCUCUCUCUCUCACUCUCUCGCGACGGCCACAAAAUAGUUGUGCAGCUUCGUACCUCCUCUGCACUGUGCCCUGAUUCCCCACUAGUAGCUGUUCUCCGUUGAGUUGGUCGCUUGGUUUUUAUCCUUCCUUCCCGAGUAAUUGAUCUGUGCGCCCUCCGAUUGCAUUGGUUUGGAAUUUGGGCUUUCUUUCAA